AUGUUUGAUGCAUCACAGUACGAGUUUUUUGGUCAACAUGCUGGGAAUGGAGUGGAGUUGGGUGGUCUGGAAGAAGAUGAAAAUCCUGUCUUUGGAUCUGUCGGUGAUGAAUACCGCUUGUUUGAUAGAGAUGAAGUAAGAUGUUAUUUGUUGACAGUUGCUGACCUAUGCCGAUGUUCUUCAUGUAUAUGUGAAAGACCUUCAAGUGAUACCUUGCUGUAA